GAGGUCUCUGUGGCAGGGGGGACUGCCCAGCCCUCAGGGACCCAGCCCUGGCAGAGCUGAGGAUGCCUGGAAGUUCCCUCAAAGGGCAAUGGAUAAAGGAAUGAAAAUCCAAUUGCACAUCGGUAUACACAUGUGUUCAUGGAAAUACACAUUGACCCCUGUCAGCCCCCUGCGCGUCUCCGUGCUGUCACUGCAGCAUUCCAUCCUCUCCGGAGUCUCCCACUGCGCUUCACAGCCCUCCCUCUCCACGGGGGAACAGCUCCAACCCUCCCUGUCGUCUCGUCUCCCCAGCGUGUGGCACAGCCAGCGUGACGAGGGGGCAGCCACCGGGUGUCACUUUAAGAGCGCGUCUGCUCGGGAGCCCUGCCCCGCCUCUGGGCUCAGCGUCACCCCCUCUCCAUCUGCGCGCAGGAGUUUCUAUUUCCCCGGCUUCUCGCCCGGAUCCCGGCACAGGCAGGAUGGCAUCACCCAUCUCGCAGAAGCUGGAGGAGAAGCUGGUGUGCUCCAUCUGCCUGGAGCUGUUCAGGGUGCCCGUCACCUUGCCCUGCGGCCACAACUUCUGCAAGCGCUGCAUCGGCGACCACUGGGACAAGCAAAAGCAGGCGCCCGCCGGCAGCGAGGCGAGCUACACCUGCCCCGAGUGCCGCAGGGGCUUCAAGCAGUGCCCGGAGCUGGAGAAGAAUGUCACCCUGUACAGCGUGGUGGAGCUGGCACGGGACGCUGACGCGCGGGGCUCGGCCACGGGCCGGUGCGAGGUGGCCCCCGGCGAGCUGUGCCCGCAGCACGGGCGCCCGCUGGAGCUGUACUGCCAGGACGAGCGGCGCUGCAUCUGCUGCGUCUGCACCGUGCGGGACUGCCAGCGGCACCGGCGGGUGCUCUUCGAGGAGGAACGAGCCAAAAAGCAGACCCUUUUGAAAGUAUCCCUGGAAAAAGCCCAGGAGGAAUCGGAGAGGAUUGAGCUGACAAUGAAGGAGCUGGAGGUGCAAACACAGAGCAUCAAGGACUCCUCCGAGGAACUCAAAGCUGGGAUUCAGAGCAAAUUCACCCACCUGAGGAAAGCUCUGGAGGAUUUCCAGUGUCGGACAGUGGCCAGUAUUGAGCAGGAGCAGGUGGUGGCACUGGAGCAUGUGGAGAGGAACUGGAACCUCCUGAAGGACCGCCUGGAUGUCCUUGGCCAGCACAGGGAGAGGGUUCAGAGCCUGCUGGCCUGCCCUGACCACAGGACCUUCCUCCAGGAGUUCCCCCUGCUCCCACCUCUGGAGAGCCCAGAGGCACUGGUGCCUGUGCAGUUUGAUGUAGCUGCUGUGGUCAAGCCCAUCUCUGAGAUCCUCACCGACCUCUCCAGGCUCCUGCUGGAGGCCUCGCCUGGCUCUGUGGUCCCCAAGGUCCCCGACCCUGCUGGCCAAGGCCCAGGGCAUCCCCAGGAGCUGGCGGUGAAGGUUGUGGCCCCUCUCCCCAGGUGCCAGCUCCGAGCUGAGCUUCUGAAGGACCACCGCAACCUGACCUUUGAUCCCAAGACAGCCAACAAGUACCUGGAGCUGUCGAAAGGUGCCCGGAAAGCCAAGCACAGCCCCAGCCCCGUCCCUGGGCUGGAGCAGGGCCCCCGCUUCGAGCCCUGGCAGGUGCUGUGCACGCAGAGCUACGGCCCCGGCCACCACUACUGGGAGGUGAAGAUCUCCAGCCACUCCAUCAUCCUGGGGGUCACCUACCGAGGGCUCCCCCGGGAGCAGCAGCAGGGCCACAGGUUCAACAUCGGGCUGGAUGGGGGCUCGUGGGGGCUGCAGGUGAGGGAGGAUUGUUACCUGGCCUGGCACAAGGGCCGGGCUGAGAAAAUCCAGGAGCAGCUCUAUAAGAACCUGGGGGUCAGCCUGGAUUAUGACAAGGGGCUCCUCUCCUUCUAUGGCCUCGGGGAGAGGACACAGCUCAUCCACUCCUUCCACAGUGUCUUCACUGAGCCGCUGUACCCCGUGUUUUGGCUGUGUGAGGGGCGAGUGGUGACGCUGUGCCAGAGGGACUGAGCCAGAGCCAGGCUGGCAAGUGCCAGGCUGGUGCCAUAGUGGAGCUGCAGCUGAGGCUGUCGUGGUACAGUGGGACCUCAGUGCUGAGGCAGGUGUGGGGUGCAGUGUUUUAACGAGUUGAUGAGGACAGAUAUGCAAAUGAACCCGUUUGAUUUGCAUAUGCAAAUAUCACAAUAGUGACACACAGCAGGGCGGCAGGGCUGGAGCUCACUGUGGAGGCAUAUGUGGGCCCUGCCCCUGCAGACUGAGCGAGGGAAGGGGUGAUAAGAGGGGUGAAAAUAUCAGGUUUUCCUCUUUCUCCUAUCCUUGCCAAACCUCCCAAACCUUGGAGAAGGUUUGGGAUAAGGGGGAUCCCGGAGGGAGGUGUUGCUGCCACAGGAUGCUCUGAAGCAAUUUGGAGGGAUCCCUGUGCUCCCACUGCCUUACACGCAGGCAGGUCCUGCUCCCCCAGCCCCUCUUGGUCCCCUCUUGCCACUCUCAGGCAUGGCAGAGCAACUUCUCAGGGUUCUAUGCUGCAGCUCUUUGUACAAUGCUGCUUUUCCCAAUAAAGCUCUACUUUCCAACUGGCUUAACCUUGCUUCUGGUGGGAAAUGUGGGACCAAGCAGCAGUGGGGGCGAGGGGGAGCUGGGUACCCCUGCUCUCACACCCAUUCCUGCAGGGCCCCAUCCUGCCCUUCUGUGUCCCUGUGGGGCCUGUGACCAACCUUGGAGUGAGCAGCUGCCAGGGACUGCAAUAGUUCAUGCCUCAAACAUUGAUAUAAAGUUUUGCUCGUUAUAACAAAAACUGUAUAAAGAAGCUACCACCAAAGAAGCCUCCCUGAAGAUACCUGGCUGGGACUUUGGACUGUAAGUGAAGCUGCCUAGAUGUUCAAUUAUCUCAGGCUUAGGGAAAAACAAACGAGGCUGAGGGAGAAGAAUGCAUCCACAAGAAAGCCAAACCCAGCAGCUGUGGGUCACCCAGCUGAGAGUCACCUCUGGCUGGAUUUGGGCUGGGGGAGACCACAGCCCACAGAAGCCAGGUUCACACCUAAACGAGGUGGGGGAAGGAGGUUUCAGGUGUAACCUCUGGUCAGAGGCACUGAACACCCAUCCUCCUUUACACAAACUGGCCCAGCUGUGGAACCCCCAACCCCACAGGCCACAUCCAUGGGACAUUCACAUGACAGGCAGCCAAGGGGGUGUCAUAAUCCAUCAAAGACCCCCCCAAAGUGCCCCCCCAGAGUCAUUCCUGGAGCCUGGACUGCAUGUGAUGCAACAAACCCAGAGUCUGUUUUAAGAGACAAUGGCAAACUCCCCCUACCAGGGAGGUGCCUGGGUUUUCCUACCUGGCCUGAGCUAUAUUAACCCAUCAGAUUCUGUGCUUUUUGGGGGAGGGGAAUCAUCACCACCAAGAAGACCAGCUGGAGAGGAUCAACAGAGCAUUGUUGGGAUCCACAGAUGGUGAUAUUUUCCUUAUUCUAUCUCUGUCACUCUCUUUCUGUCCCCCCCACCUAUUUUCUAUUUCUUUCUCUCUC